AUGUCGGAAGCCUCUCUUGCGGAGAACCGGUCCAAGCUGAAAGACUUUAUUGCUUCCAUCGCCACCAUCCGAGGCGAUCUAUCAAAUAUCACUGCCCCACCAUUUGUUCUCGACACCAAGUCUGCAGUUGAGCUUCCUGCUUUCUGGGCGGAACGGCCCUCGGUCUUUGUAGCACCUGCAGCUUCGGAAGACCCUGCGGAGCGAGCGUUGUUGGUGCUCAAAUGGUUCAUCUCGGCAUUGCGAAAUCAACAAUAUGCCGGCCGCUCGGAGGAAGAGGGCGUGAAAAAACCUCUCAACGCUUUUCUUGGAGAGGUUUUCGUCGCGCGCUGGGAGGAUUCGUCUGGUACGACGAGGCUUGUGAGUGAACAAGUCAGUCAUCAUCCGCCUGUGACAGCUUGUCGUGUUUGGAAUGAUGAGCACGGAGUUUCGGCAGAAGGUUACACUCGUCAAGAGAUCACCUUCUCAGGGAGUAUAAACAUCCAGCAGAUAGGCCACGCAACACUUUAUCUCUCCAAGCAUGACGAGACCUACCUGAUACCUCUCCCUAACGUCAAAAUCAAAGGAAUACUCACUGGUGGUCCUUACCCGGAACUCGAGGGUAAUUACAAGAUCCCUUGUACCAGUGGGUACACGUCAAGUAUAGAGUUCGAGGGUAAAGGGAUACUUGGGAGUGCAUCGAAGAAGCACAAGUUCGAUGCAAAAGUGUACCGUAAUGGCGAAGAAGAACGCCCUUUAUACACUGUUACGGGCAACUGGGAUAGUACAUUUGUCAUUCACGACAUUGGAAAAGCCCAAGAUAUUGAGACUUUUGAUGUGCAAACAGCAAAGACCACCCCGAUCAUGACCGAUUCACUAUCGGAGCAGGACCCAUGGGAGUCACGCUUGGCAUGGCGUGAUGUGAGGGAAGCUUUGCAGAAAGGCAAUAUGCAAGCUGCUGCUGAUGCGAAGUCCAAACUUGAGAACGGCCAAAGAGAUAUGAGAAAACUUGACGGUGACGGAAAGAACUGGAACCGUCUGUUUUAUGGGGCAGAUGACGUCGAUGAGGUGGCAGAGCGACUGGCGAGAGAGUUGGGAGACACCAUCGACCCGAAGGAGACAGUUGCAGCGUGGAAAUUUCGACUAAAGGACUGGGAUGAGGGGAAGUUCCAACGUCCAUAUCACGGUGAUAUCCUGCCUGAUAACAGUCAUGGUCAAAGGAAAGUGAACAAGGACAAGGAUGAGGCACCAAUUCAGACCAACGGCAAGCCUGUGGAGAAUAUUCAAUCAUCACUCUCAUCCAGGGAGGGAAAAUCCGACGAACACUCACUUCAGAUCAAUGAUCUCCAUGAUGCUCCGCAAGGCCUAGCCCUCACGCCUUCAGAGACAGGCAGCGAGAAGGAUAUCAUGAGCGCCGAAGAGAGGUCCAGAAUCGAAGAAUUCUUGAGAGAUAGAAAUUCAAACUCAGCACGCCGAUAG